AUGGCAUCAUCAGCAUCCGCAUCCGCAUCUGCCCCUCCUCCGCCAACACCAAUCCUCAACACCGCGCUCUCCCUUCACCGCACCUUGACCGAUUUCCUCACAGUUGCCAUCCAUACAAUCCUCUAUACUCGUUCAUUAUACCCUCAAACUACCUUUCUCACAAGCCGGGCCUACAACCUUCCCGUCCACCAAAACCGUCACCCUGCGGUCUGUGCAUGGAUCAACUCAGCCGUUACCUCCCUCACGCCGCUCCUCUCCUCCAACGCUGCCAAACGCGUGGUAAUCGUCAUCUACUCCCCUCAACUCGAAGUCCUAGAGCGGUACAUCUUCGACAUAAGCCGCUUCCCCGUUAUAAGUGAGAAGGAGAAGCUCACCGAGUUCGCGGACGAGACGCGGGGCAUGAGCAACAUCACGGAUGUUGAGGAGCAACUGCGUGCUACUAUUCGGAGAUUGGAGUAUGCUGGGAGUAAGAUGGCCCCGCUGCCGGAGAAGUGCACGUAUACGCUCGCGGUUGAGUUGAGGGAUGAGGCGGAGCCGCCCAUUGGUCAUCCGCAGCCUUGGGUGCCCUCUGAACCUAGUUUACAGACGGGAGAGAAGGGGGAGAGUGAGAUUAUUGGGAGGGAUUUGGGUGGUGUUAGGAGUACGCCCGUGAGAUUGGUGGCGGCGGGAGAUUUUGUUUUAGAGGCGUGGAUUGAGGAAGGAAAGGCGAAGUUUGACGGUGAUUGA